AGCACAUCUGGCGACCCGAGCAGAAUCGGCGCGUUUCUUUCCUCCACGAAUUCCGGCGGCCCGGGCAAAUCUUUGACGCUCCUCGACUGGUGAACAUAAAUCCAUAGAAACAUUUCAAGAGAGAAUGGCAGGCAAAGCUGCCAAAGCUAUGGCAAAGGCCAUCGGCGAGUAUCAGUAUCCAUGGCAGGAGAAGUUGGCCAAAUACAAAAAUGAGCUAUCCAAAGGCAUCUGGGGUUACUGGGAACUAGGCGCAUGGAAGCCACUGGGCAUAAGCGCACGUCACCGAGCCAGACUUCGCAAGGAAGUACUUGUUGCUGGGCAAGAUUGGCCAUUUGAUCCCGAGAGGAAAGAGAUGAGAACCAAGAGGAAGGGGCACAAAUGUGAUCGAAUAGCUGCCGAAAAACGAGAAAACACUGCUAGAUUGAUGGAGAAGAUGCCAGACAUGUUGCUUGAAUACAAAAAGCGCAGGUGGGAGAAGAAGAUGAAGGAAGAA